AUGAUUUUUAGAUAUUAUACAAAAUUAUAUAAACAUCAAUGUCCAUAUAAAAAUAUCCUAUAUAAUAAAUACCUUUUAGAAGAAAAAUUACAAUAUUUUUAUGAUAGUAUAAAAAAGAAUAAUUAUUCAAUUUUAUAUGAAAUAAAAAAAAAUGAUCAUUUAAAUGUUAAGAAAAAUAAUGGAAAUUUUCUAUUAUUGUCUGAUAUAUAUAUGAUAAAACAAAAUAACUUAUUUCUAUUAAAUAAUGUAAAAAGAAAUUUUUAUUAUAAUAGAUGUAUAGUAAAAGGAAUUAAUAAUGAUUCACUCUUUUAUUAUGAUAAAAAACAUUUUAGCGGUAGAAGUGGAGGAUUGAAAAGAAAAAAAAAACCAAAAGAACAGAGAAUUGUAAAUACUGGAUCAGCUAAAAGAUUAGAAUUUUUUUAUCCUAAAAAAAAAAGGAGACAACGUAUUGGUUUAAUACAAAAUAGCAGGAAAAACAUUGUCUAUGAUAAUAUAUUCAAAAGAUUUCUUGUAUAUCAUUAUAAACAAGGAAUUCAAGUUUUUAGAAGCUUUAGUUGUAAAAAAAAAAGAAAUUUUGAAGCAGCCAGAAAUAAAGCAAUAAUAUUAGCUAAACAAUAUAAUAAAAGAUUUAAUAAACAUAAUAUCAAGGAUCAAGAAAAAAAAGAUACAAAAAAUACACCUCUCAAUGUUAUGGAUAGUAACCUAAUAGCUAAAUAUAAUAAUGAAUUAAUUAAACAAGUUAAUGUUAUUCCAGAUAAAAAUAAAAGUGGUUAUAGAGGUGUAUUUUAUGAACCUUCCUAUCAUGCAUAUAUUUGUACAUAUAAUGAAGCAGGUGUAAGAAAAUUUCAAAUAUUUAAAAUACAAAAUAAUGAUUAUCUUGAAGCAUAUCAUUUAGCUGUUAUGUGUAGACGAUAUAAACUUUUUAAAAACUACCAAUUCGUUUUUCAAAGAAAUAGAAUACGAAGCGGAAGAAUACCACUCAAGUAG